AUGGCAGCACCCUCGACCUUUCUCAAUGCGGUCAACUACCGUCGAAGCAUCUACCAACUCAACAACACGUCCCCAAUCUCCGAUGCCCGAAUCUUGGAGAUCGUCAACACCAUCAUCCAAGAUGUUCCCUCUUCCUUUAACUCGCAGUCUACGCGAUUAGUCGUCCUCCUUCACGGCGAGCAUAUUCGGUUUUGGAAUAUUGUUCUGGAAUGCUUGAAGGCAAUCGUCCCUGACAGCGCGUUCCCAAAGACAGAGAAGCGCAUCGCUGGAUUUCGAAACAGUUAUGGCACGAUCCUAUUCUACGAGGACGCAGAUAUCGUCGAAGAUCUCCAAGCAAAGUAUGAGCUCUACGCGGAGCGAUUCCCCCAGUGGAGCGAACACACCAGUGGAAUGCACCAGUAUGCUUUGUGGGUAGCGCUGGAGGCAGAGGGUCUUGGGGCCAACAUUCAACACUACAAUCCUCUGGCCGACCAGCAAGCUUCAACGAAUUGGGACAUCCCGCAGAACUGGCAGCUGAAGGCACAGUUGGUUUUCGGUGGGUAUGGAGGUGCGGCGCGUGACUCCCUGUCUCCCAAGGAGCAGCAGCCUGUUGAAGCGCGGCUCUUUGUCCAUGGUUUGAGGCCGGAUGGGACAAAUCUUGUCAAAUCAGAAAGCUAG